UUUCCUCUGGUCAAGGUUGCACUUGCAGUAUUGCCAGUAGGACGCGACUGGAGCUCCGUUUACGCACAAACAGAGCAGCAGACUUAAUCAGCUGAGACUCUGUUGUUAACUUCUCCUGUUUGUGUUCACACGCCCCCGAGGAAUCUCUCACCCCACAGAAGCAGCCAUGGAUGAAAUGGAGGAAGAGUUAAAAUGCCCUGUUUGUGGCUCUUUUUUCCGGGAGCCCAUCAUACUGCCGUGCUCACACAACAUUUGCCUGGCGUGUGCUCGGAAUAUUCUUGUGCAGACCCCGGACGCUGAGUCCCCACAGAGCAGCCGAGCCUCCGGAUCCGGCGUCUCUGACUAUGAUUACCUGGAUUUAGAUAAAAUGAGUUUGUACAGUGAGGCGGACAGUGGAUACGGUUCCUAUGGUGGCUUCAUCAGCACUCCGACAACCCCUUGCCAAAAAUCACCAAACGGGGUGCGGGUUUUUCCCCCGUCUGUCCCCCAGCCUCCUGCGCAGCACCUGUUACCGCAGCCCAGCUCUUUACCCCCGAUCCCCCGCAACUCCUGCAUCACUUGCCCGCAGUGUCACCGCAGCCUAAUCCUGGACGAGCGGGGGCUCCGCGGAUUCCCCAAGAACCGGGUGCUGGAGGGGGUUGUAGACAGGUAUCAGCAGAGCAAAGCGGCCGCUCUCAAGUGCCAGCUCUGCGAGAAGAGUCCGAAGGAGGCCACCGUGAUGUGCGAGCAGUGCGACGUCUUCUACUGCGACCCGUGCCGCCUCCGGUGCCAUCCUCCCCGUGGUCCCCUCGCCAAGCAUCGCCUGGUGCCGCCAGCGCAGGGGCGGAUAAGUCGCCGCACGAGUCCGCGCAAAAUAUCCACUUGCACAGAGCACGAACUGGAGAAUCUAAGCAUGUACUGUGUACAGUGUAAGAUGCCUGUGUGUUAUCAGUGUUUGGAAGAAGGCAAACACGGCACACAUGAAGUAAAAGCUUUGGGCGCAAUGUGGAAACUGCACAAGGGUCAGCUGUCUCAGGCUCUCAACGGCCUGUCAGACCGAGCCACUGAGGCCAAGGAGUUCCUGGUUCAGCUGAGAAACAUGGUGCAGCACAUCCAGGAGAACGGAGUGGAGUUUGAGGCCUGUUUGGUGGCGCAGUGCGACGCCCUCAUCGACGCCUUGAACCGACGCAAGGCCCAGCUGCUGUCUCGAGUGAACAAAGAGCACGAACACAAACUGAAGGUGGUUCGGGAUCAGAUCUCCCACUGUACGGUGAAGCUGCGUCAGACCACGGGGCUGAUGGAGUAUUGUCUGGAAGUCAUCAAGGAGAAUGACCCCAGUGGUUUCCUGCAGAUCUCGGAUGCCUUGAUCCGGAGGGUCAGCAUGACAGAGGGCCAGUGGGGGAAGGGAACCCUCACCCCCAGGAUGACCAGCGACUUCGACCUCACUCUGGACAACGGCCCCCUCCUGCAGACCAUCCACCAGCUGGACUUUGUCCAGAUGAAAGUCCCAGCUGCUCCCAUGCUCCAGCUGGAGGAAUGCUGCACUCAGAACAACAGCGCCACGUUGUCAUGGAAACAGCCACCGCUCUCCACCAUCGCCGUGGACGGAUACAUCCUGGAGCUGGACGAUGGAAACAUGGGGCCAUUCAGGGAAGUGUACGUGGGGACGGAGACCAUCUGCACAGUGGAUGGGCUCCACUUCAACAGCACAUACAAGUCCAGAGUGAAGGCCUUUAAUGCCAGCGGAGUGGGCCAGUACAGCAAGACACUGAUCAUGCAGACCUCUGAGACUGGACUCCCUCCAUGUGAUAUUCAAUCUAUAGGCACAGUCGCUUGGUUCACCUUUGACCCAGCCUCCGCUCACCCGGACAUCGUCCUCUCCAACGACAACCUGACGGUGUCGUGCAACAGCUACGACGACAGAGUGGUCAUGGGUAAUUCUGCCUUCUCCCGUGGCGUUCAUUACUGGGAAAUGAGCGUCGAUCGCUAUGACAACCACCCAGACCCGGCUUUUGGGAUCGCUCGGGCCGACGUGCUGAAGGACGUGAUGCUGGGGAAGGACGACAAGGCCUGGGCCAUGUACGUGGACAACAACCGGUCCUGGUUCAUGCACAAUAACUCACACACUAACAGGACGGACGGCGGCAUCGGUAAAGGAGCUACAAUAGGAAUUCUACUGGACUUCUCACGUGGCAUCCUCAUCUUCCUCAUCAAUGAUGAGCAGCAGGGUCCAGUGGCUUUUGAAGGCUUGGAGGGCGUCUAUUACCCCGCUAUCAGUCUCAACCGAAAUGUCCAGAUCACACUGCAUACUGGUCUACCCAUCCCUGACUUCUACUCUCCCGGGGACGCAGAUCCCGCUGACUCUGUGUGCUAAAGACUCACCACCACCGGCUAGGGAAAACCUCUCCAGGAUUUCCCAGGGUUCAUCAUGCUAGUCAAUGACUAUGAUCCAACCCUGACCCUUUCCUUCCCUCCCCCUCCCCACCUCCUCUUGUCCCCCUGACCGACUGACCCCAUGACUCUCUGUAAGCGGCCCCAUCCAGCGCUGAGCCAUGCCUUUAUCAUGCCUAAACCUUGGACACAUGAACUAUCUGCAGGACAAAAAUGGACCGUGCUUUGCAAUGUGUACCUUGUAUUUUGACCAGAGGAAGAUGAAAUCUAUCUCAAACUGAUGCACUUGGAAUUGUGUGCAGGGAUCAGAAUAUCUGCUUAAAGGAAUGGUUUGACAUUUUGGAAAAUACACUCAUUUGCUUUCUUGCAGAGGGUUAGUUGAGAAGAUUGACACCACUCUUAUAUCUGUAUGCUAAAUAUGAAGCUGGUGUUAGCAGUCAGUUAGCUCAACCUCAAACAGGGAAACAGCUAGCCUGGCUCUGUCAAAAGUUCACAAAUAUGUCGCCCAACCACUUCUAAAGCUCACUUAUUAAACUACUAUAUCUCAUUUGUUUAAUCUGUACAAAAACAGAUGUGUAAAAAUUACAUAUUGUGGUUUUAAGGGCACAAAUAUAGUCACAUAACAGCCCAUAAAACCAGAACGUCUCGUUUUUACAUUUCAAUUUGAAACAAACAAGAUAUACUGUAAUGUGCUAAUUAGUGAGCUGUAGAGAUGCUGCUAGCCUGGCUUUGUCCAAAACAGGCUAAGCUAACAGCCUGCUGGCUGUAGCUUCAUAUUUAGAGUACAGCCAUGGAAGUGGUAUCACUUUUCCUAAAAUAUUGAAUUUUUUCUUUUUAAGGAAGGAGUUUGUUGUUUGUAAAUGAGUUGACUUGGAAAAAUUUGCCCCCAGCAUACCAUCAGCAUACAGUUCAGUAUAUCUUCUUCUUCAUUCUUAUUUUACAUUAACAAGCACAAUAUCCUGUAUAUAUUACUUUCCUGUCGUCAUCCUGACACAUUUAAAACACCAGGGGGAGCAUGAGAGGGGGGUCUUUUGUGUGAAUGUGUGUGAGGUGGGGGUGGAUCGGUCGAGGCAGGUCAGCAGCUGCUAGCAUCCCUGCACGAGAGCAAUAGUCCGACUCUCAGCCGCGUCACUGUCCUAUCCUCACCUGUGUACCUGAGAUGCUUUUCUUAUUGGCUUAGCUUGUGUGAACCUUCUGUAUCGUCUGUAUAAAAAAAACAAAUUACAGCAUCGCCAUGUAAAAUGCUACUGGAAGCGAGGCCUUCUUGCAGCCUUUCUUUGCAGUGCAGUUCUCAGAACAGGAGGGACGGAUUUUGGUGUAAUGUAUCAUGAAAGCGGGCGAUUCCGUGUGUUGAAAAUGGGUUAAAGAUGAUGACUGUGAAGCUCUUUGAAUAAGGUGCUACAGCAGCUCGCUUCAUUCUGGCUUUUUUUACUGUAGGUGACUGAAUCCUGGUAGUUUUGUAAUAUUGUUAUUGAAAUGAUCUAUUACAAAGAGGUGUAUAGCUAAGUAAGUUAUUGAUGUUCAGAGUUUUUCAAUGAGAAUUCGUCAUUGUUUCUUUAUUUCAUGUAUAGUUAUUAACAGAAGGAAAGAAACUAUAUCUUUUGUCGCUUUGAAAAUGUAGUUUGGAGUUUGUUCUUAAAGUGAAGAGACUUUUCAGUAAUCGUGAGAACCAGUUUAUGUCAGACUAAAGCAACAGGAACGGUGAUGAUGUACUGGGAUGUUACUGUGGCAUCACAUUCGGGCAACAGCCUCCUCAACAUGCAACAAUGAAGCCAUGCUAGCAGCUCUGCCAUGCUGUACAGUGUGCUUUGAGAUACAUGCUAACCCUAGCAUGCUAACAUGCUCACUGUGACAAUACUAACAUGCUGAUUUUUAUCAGGUAUAACGUUUACCAUGUUUACCAUUUUAGUUUAGCGUGUUAGCUUGCUAACAUUUGCUAAUUUGCAGUAUACACAAAGUACAGCUCAGGAUGAUGGGAAUGUCAUUAAUUUUGCAGGUAUUUCAUCAUAAAUCAAAUUCUAUGACAAAUUAAAAUUUUGACCUGAUGAUCACCAACAAUUCAUCCUGAAGGAACCAUUAAUGUGCGUACCAAAUUUCAUUGCAAUCCAACCAACAGUUACUGAGAUAUUUCACUCAAAACCACAAAUGUCAACCUCUUGGUGGCGCUAGAGGAAAAGUCAGAGGAUCACCAAAGUCAUUAGGAUGCAUCCUCUGGGGACCAGGAAUGUGUAUACAAAAUGUCUUAGGAAUCCAUCCAAUAGUUGUUGAGAUAUUUUAGUCUGGACCAAAGUGGUGGACGGACCGAUCGACAUGGCUAUCCCUGGAAACAUGCCAAUAGCAUGGUUUAAAAAAAAAAAAGUAACUGAAUUGUUGGACUGGAACUGUUGCCCUUUAAGUUGCUCAGAAACUUUUCCCAGUGCAUCGUCGCUUUGAGACAUACCAUACGUGUCUAGCAUACACAUAAGGUGCUAUCCUGUGUUUGAGCUUCAUGGGUGUGCCUUUUCCCCUCUUCAAUACCCACAAUAUUAUGAAACUUUGCUACAAACUAGAUUCAUUGCUUCAGCAGAGUCAAUUGUAACAUCUGUGAUGCCUGACUUUACCUGCUGCUACAUAUUUUUUUCUAUCGGCAAAAGGGCAAACUCAACAAUAACCAUGUUUGUUAUGAAUAUAAUACCCACAGUAUUGAAGGGAAUAUUACAGUCAGGUGUCUUUCUUAACUUUAUGAAUCCUAUGUGAUUUUAAUUUUUUUCUUUCUCCCCUGGAUUAAUAUUGAUUGUAAAUCAUCUAAGAUAUAUGGGUUGUGAUAUAUGGCCGCUAAAAUGGCUGCACACAGUGAACUAUAUACUGUAGUUUUCAGUAUGAUAUGUGCAUGAGUGCUGACAAUUGUGAUAAACCAGACUACUACAGCGUUCAGCAAGUUGCACGGCCUUUGCUGCAAGGAUUCAAGCUUUGAUGGAUGCAACAUUUAAUUGGUGGUUUUUCAUUCAAGCCUUUUGUUCGGUCCGUAAUUAUAAAGUACAAAAGCAGCCCAUUUAACAGAGGGACACUGAGCUCGGACAGAGACAAGUGCCAUUAUCACAGCAUUACACAACCUCAGAUUCCAGGACAAAUAAACCAAAUGGCUUUAGUUCAAUAAAUCAGUUCAUUAAGGGGAUUUUUAAGUAGGACAUGACACACACAUAUUUUACUUUUCAACACAAAUGAUUUUUUCGGUGUGAAUAAGUGAGGUUAUAUCUUUGAUUGACAAAUAACAUAAAUGUGUUUUUUCUCUACUGAACGGGGUGCUGAUGUUAAAAGUGUGUGAUUGUAACAUUUAUUCUUUCUAAACCAGCCAAAUACACUUAAAUGAUAUUAAACUUAGACCGGGGAAUGAUUUAAAGUCCAUCCUACAGCCUCGUCAAACUUUUAUGAAUUAUUAGAAACGUACACACAGUCGCUGGGCGACACUGGGUGUUAUAUAUCCAAAUGUACAUACAUAUGUGUGUGAGUGUGAGUGUGUGUAUGUUACCUGCAUUAUAACCUCAUUUUAACUCCAAAGUGAUUUGUUUUGCCCUAUUUGAUCAGAGGUGGAAUGUCAUCACUCGAUAUUAUUAUUUACAGUGAUGCUGAAAUAUGUCUAUGGAGAAUUUUAUGACUAUAAAAUGAACAUCAUUAUUACUAUGAUUUUAACACAGUAUGGGUAUUAUGAUUGUUAUGAUUAUAUGUCUUUCAUUACCAUAUUACUGCUAUUAUUAUGAUGAUCUGAAGUGUAAUAUGAGCCUCUGUUUUAUUUUUUGUAUUUGUGAAUAUUCAAUAAAUAGGUGUCAACAAGGUCU